AUGAAGCAGACUUUACACACUGGUGUCAAGAUUCCCUGCGGUGAAGGGCAGCCUGUAUUCGUCGAGACCUUGUUCGGAUGGACUGUUUCCGGAAAGGUAGCCAUCCAGUCAUCCGAAGCACCACGUGUUUGUCACCUCACUACUGUGGACCGUAACCUGGAACAAGCACUCCAGAAGUUCUGGGAGGUAGAAGCCGUUAAACCGUGCUCCAAGUUAACAGUUGAAGAAAAUCUCUGUGAAGAACUGUAUACCACUACCACCACUCGCGAUUCGUCGGGUCGUUACGUUGUCUCCUUGCCACUCACCCGCGAUCCGCUCGUCACUCUCGGUGAAUCCCGUUCAAUCGCCGAGCGCCGCUUCAUGAACCUCGAAAAAAGAUUAGAGCGAGAUCCAACCACCAAAGAUGCCUACUGUCGAUUCAUGGAAGAAUACGAACGCCUAAACCACAUGAAGAAACUCGUGGAUCCUGUAGACGAAACCAAGCCACACUGCUACCUCCCACACCAUCCGGUGUUCAAGACAUCCAGCUCCACCACGAAAGUUCGUGUCGUGUUCGACGCGUCGUGCAAGACGUCGUCUGGAUUCUCCGUGAACGACUUACAGCUAGUUGGACCAGUCGUUAAAGAGGAUCUACUGUCGAUCCACAUCCGAUUCCGCAUCCACCGAAUUGCGUUCGUCGCCGACGUGGAAAAAAUGUACCGGCAGAUCCUGCUGCAUCAGCCAUUCCGUCGAUACCAGCUCAUCCUUUGGCGUUCCAGCCCAAAUCAACCGAUUGCUACGUACGAACUGCAGACAGUAACGUACGGUUUCGGGUCGUCUCCGUUCUUAGCGACUCGCACCCUCCAGCAGAUCGGGCAGGACGCAAGUAAGACCUAUCCAGCCGCAGCCGCGGUAGCCCAGAAGGAUUUUUACGUGGAUGAUUUCCUGUCUGGUGCCGACACUGUUGAAUCCGCCAUCCACAUCCGCCAAGAAAUAUCUGCCAUGUUUGCAGCGGCAGGCUUUCCGCUCAAGAAGUGGGCAUCAAAUUCAUCUGGUGUUCUAGCAGACAUUCCCGAAGACGAUCUAGCGUUCACGCCGUACCAUGACCUUCACAACGAUCAAUCCGUUUCCACUCUCGGGCUCAUAUGGGAGCCAAAACCAGACAUGAUGAGCUUUAAGGUUCAGCUUCCACUUCCAGCACCCGUUUUGACUAAGCGAAAGGUUAUGUCGUACGUGGCGCAAAUCUUCGACCCACUUGGCUUAGUGGGACCAACCAUAGUCAUCGCUAAACUUUUUAUGCAGCGACUAUGGGCGUUGAAAACUGAAGCCGGAGAUUCCUAUGAGUGUGAUCGUCCUCUUCCUCCUCGCUUGCAAUCCAUGUGGAAGGAGUUCCACGAAACGCUAGAUACUAUCGCCACUCUUCGAAUUCCACGUUGUGUAUCUGUAGCCAACGCAAUCUCAUUCCAGCUCCAUUUAUUUUCCGAUGCCUCACAGAAGGCGUAUGGAGCAUGCUGUUAUGUGCGUUCGGAAUCCGCUGGGAUAGUCCAUGUUCAGUUGCUGACAUCUAAGUCCAAGGUAGCACCGUUGGCCAAACCACAAACAAUCGCACGUCUGGAGCUAUGUGGUGCAGUGUUGGCAUCCAAUCUUUUCAAGAAAGUAAUGCACUCCAUCCAAAAAUCCGCUGAAGUUUACUGUUGGACAGAUUCGUCUACUGUCCUACACUGGUUGGAUUUCUCGCCAUCCCGAUGGAAACCCUUCGUAGCUAAUCGGGUGGCCAUGAUCCAAGAAGCUUCUGAAUCCUGUCACUGGAACCACGUUUCUGGAAAUUCCAAUCCUGCUGAUCCACUUUCCCGUGGUGUCAAUCCGAUUGACCUCAAGCAAAAUUCCCUGUGGUGGAACGGUCCGGACUGGUUAUCCCUUCCACCAUUUGAGUGGCCUGUUAACGAGAUGCCAUCGCUCGAUCCCCGUUGGAUGUCAGAGGCCAAACGCAUGGUAGCCAUGGUAGCAACUGUCGACUCAAGGUUUUCCGAUACUUUGUUCUAUCGGUACUCCUGCUUCAGCAAGCUCCGUCGAUGUAUUGCAUACUGGAUGCGAUAUUUCCGUACCUUGAAGGCCUCCACCAAGAAGACCGCCAUCGAACCGUUCGAGACCUUGACCACUACCGACUUCCGUGAAGCAGACAUUGCGCUCUGUCGACUAGCUCAGCACGAAUCGUUUCCGGAUAUUUUCUGCGGGGAACGCAUUCCUAUAUCGUCACCAUUAAAGUGGUUGAAACCGAAAGUCGACAAGGAAGGUGUCAUCCGAGUCGGUGGGAGACUCGGCAAUGCCGCCGUGUCCGAAGAUGUGAAAUUUCCGAUUGUCCUCUCGUCGAAGCAUCUGUUAUCCACUCUAAUAGUCAAAUACUAUCACCAUAUGCUGCUGCAUGCUGGUCCCCAGCUGAUGCUCGCCACGAUUCGCCAGAAGUUCUGGAUCAUCGGUGGUCGUAACCUGGUUCGCCGUACGUACCAUCAGUGUCACACGCAGUGUCUACCAUGCGCCUACAUUGAUUUAUAA